AUGCCCAUUUGCGGCGCUCAUUGCCGCUAUGAAACAGCCUUCUCAACGAUUAAAGUGAAGAAUUUUAACCACUUCCAAGUGUCCAAAGCAAGCGGCCGCAUCCAUCGCCUCUGCACCGCAUCCUUCCGCUCGAUUCUGGUGAGACCGACGGGUACAAACCCCAUUCCGCGUAUUGAACAACGCUGCAAGACUCGCCUCGGACGAUAA